AUGUCGGUGCUGCCGCUUCGUCAGUUGAGUGUAAAGGGUAUAGGUAGUAAAAUGUUGGGGCGACUGAGGCAGCCGGAGAGGCGCCAGCCUCCUCUGUCUGCUCAGCCGGAGAGGCGCCAGCCUCCUCUGUCUGCUCAGCCGGAGAGGCGCCAGCCUCCUCUGUCUGCUCAGCCGGAGAGGCGCCAGCCUCCUCUGUCUGCUCAGCCGGAGAGGCGCCAGCCUCCUCUGUCUGCUCAGCCGGAGAGGCGCCAGCCUCCUCUGUCUGCUCAGCCGGAGAGGCGCCAGCCUCCUCUGUCUGCUCAGCCGGAGAGGCGCCAGCCUCCUCUGUCUGCUCAGCCGGAGAGGCGCCAGCCUCCUCUGUCUGCUCAGCCGGAGAGGCGCCAGCCUCCUCUGUCUGCUCAGCCGGAGAGGCGCCAGCCUCCUCUGUCUGCUCAGCCGGAGAGGCGCCAGCCUCCUCUGUCUGCUCAGCCGGAGAGGCGCCAGCCUCCUCUGUCUGCUCAGCCGGAGAGGCGCCAGCCUCCUCUGUCUGCUCAGCCGGAGAGGCGCCAGCCUCCUCUGUCUGCUCAGCCGGAGAGGCGCCAGCCUCCUCUGUCUGCUCAGCCGGAGAGGCGCCAGCCUCCUCUGUCUGCUCAGCCGGAGAGGCGCCAGCCUCCUCUGUCUGCUCAGCCGGAGAGGCGCCAGCCUCCUCUGUCUGCUCAGCCGGAGAGGCGCCAGCCUCCUCUGUCUGCUCAGCCGGAGAGGCGCCAGCCUCCUCGGUCUGCUCAGCCGGAGAGGCGCCAGCCUCCUCGGUCUGCUCAGCCGGAGAGGCGCCAGCCUCCUCGGUCUGCUCAGCCGGAGAGGCGCCAGCCUCCUCGGUCUGCUCAGCCGGAGAGGCGCCAGCCUCCUCGGUCUGCUCAGCCGGAGAGGCGCCAGCCUCCUCGGUCUGCUCAGCCGGAGAGGCGCCAGCCUCCUCCGUCUGCUCAGCCGGAGAGGCGCCAGCCUCCUCCGUCUGCUCAGCCGGAGAGGCGCCAGCCUCCUCCGUCUGCUCAGCCGGAGAGGCGCCAGCCUCCUCCGUCUGCUCAGCCGGAGAGGCGCCAGCCUCCUCCGUCUGCUCAGCCGGAGAGGCGCCAGCCUCCUCCGUCUGCUCAGCCGGAGAGGCGCCAGCCUCCUCCGUCUGCUCAGCCGGAGGAGGCGCCAGCCUCCUCCGUCUGCUCAGCCGGAGGAGGCGCCAGCCUCCUCCGUCUGCUCAGCCGGAGGAGGCGCCAGCCUCCUCCGUCUGCUCAGCCGGAGGAGGCGCCAGCCUCCUCCGUCUGCUCAGCCGGAGGAGGCGCCAGCCUCCUCCGGCCCCUCAGCCGGAGGAGGCGCCAGCCUCCUCCGGCCCCUCAGCCGGAGGAGGCGCCAGCCUCCUCCGGCCCCUCAGCCGGAGGAGGCGCCAGCCUCCUCCGGCCCCUCAGCCGGAGGAGGCGCCAGCCUCCUCCGGCCCCUCAGCCGGAGGAGGCGCCAGCCUCCUCCGGCCCCUCAGCCGGAGGAGGCGCCAGCCUCCUCCGGCCCCUCAGCCGGAGGAGGCGCCAGCCUCCUCCGGCCCCUCAGCCGGAGGAGGCGCCAGCCUCCUCCGGCCCCUCAGCCGGAGGAGGCGCCAGCCUCCUCCGGCCCCUCAGCCGGAGGAGGCGCCAGCCUCCUCCGGCCCCUCAGCCGGAGGAGGCGCCAGCCUCCUCCGGCCCCUCAGCCGGAGGAGGCGCCAGCCUCCUCCGGCCCCUCAGCCGGAGGAGGCGCCAGCCUCCUCCGGCCCCUCAGCCGGAGGAGGCGCCAGCCUCCUCCGGCCCCUCAGCCGGAGGAGGCGCCAGCCUCCUCAGGCCCCUCAGCCGGAGGAGGCGCCAGCCUCCUCAGGCCCCUCAGCCGGAGGAGGCGCCAGCCUCCUCCGGCCCCAAUCAUUCGAUGUGA